UUCUCAAUUGCUUUAUUGUUAUUUUUCCUUUAGUGAAUUUGCAUCUGGAUUUUUUUUUAUAAGAAUUUGUGGAAAUGAAUUUCUUUUUCAUAUUCAAUGAAAUUGUUUUUUUAACCAGCUUUAUUAGAAAUAAAUUGAAGUUUAAUUGUACUGCAUAUAGAAUGUUGUAGGUUGUUACGUAGGUUAUAAUUCAUCCGUAUACAUCUGUUAAAGAUAUGAUUUUUUAGGCUAUUAAAAAAUGAAUAAUAAAUUAACUUACCUUACCUGUAAAAGAUUUCAGAAGGUUAAAAAUAAACGAAUUAAUAUAUUUCAUAUGUAUCAGAUUAUACAUUUCAUUAACAUUUCAUUCGAUCGUAUGUUCUACUGUAUCGAUCGAGAAAGAUAUGUAUAACUCUGAAUCAAGUAUUAUAACUUUGAUAGUUAUAGGUUUUCCUUGUUCACAUCAAGGAAAAUUUAAGAAAUGUCAAAAGAAUAUUUCUCGAAUAAAAAUGCAUUAUAUAUGUUAACCGUUUGAUUUGAUAAUCGUAAAAUGAAAGUGGAAAAACAACAAAUCAAUCUUAAAGCAAUUUUCAUUGAAAAUACAAAGCAUAUUUAAUAUUUGACAGUAUCAAAAAUGUCACAGAUCGAUGCAAACGCUUAUAUUGAAUGUUUACCUGCAAAUGUAUACAAAGAUUUAGUUAAUGCACUCAAUAAAGAUGAAGCAUGGAUAACCUUAGCAAAUUAUGUAGCUGAACAUCUCCAAUAUCAAUGUACUUCAUGGAUACAAUCUUUGAAGGAAAUAAAAGAAUUGUGUAAUUCUCCAGGAGAAAGAUUACUUUUCGAAUUAAAUGUUAAAAUGUGUACUGUUGAAAUAUUACGUAUGUUAUUACAUGAUUGUGGAUUGCACAAUGCUCUUUCCAUUAUAUCCCAUCCAGAACCCUUGCAAAUUAUUAUGCAUCCAACGGAACAAUUACAAAGUGAUACUUUAAAAAUAUCAUUUGGACAAAAUCUUCAAUUAUUUUGUAAGGCAAUAGGAAUGCCUCCUCCAAGUUACAUGUGGUACCAUGGAAAUAUGGCAUUGCAACAUUGUGAUUCUGGAAAAUUAGAUAUUGUCAUCACAAGUAUUUCCCAAAUAGGAGAAUACAAAUGCAAAGUAUCCCAGAUUAAACAUGAUGGAACUGUUAUAUCUAGCUUAAUUUCAAAAACUGUCAAUGUACAUAUAUUUCCUACACCUGUAAUAAUAGAAGAACAACCGCAACCAAUUUUAGAAGUCAAAGAAGGAGAAAAUUUUACGAUUCAUUGUAAAGCUAGUGGCAAUCCUGAGCCACAAUAUCAGUGGUUCCAUGAUAAUACUAAAUUAGAAGGAGAAACAUCUAACAUAUUGCAUAUAAAAAAAUUCAAUUCAAAACAUGAAGGAAAAUAUUAUUGUCAUGUCUAUAAUGAUGUUGGUGAAAUUUAUACUCAAAGAACUCAUAUAAUGAUGUAUCUUCCCAAGCUAAAAGCAGUUGCAAAAACAGCUUUAAUUAUUGCAAAUGGAGAUUAUGAUAAUCAUGAAUGCCUUUUAACCCCUAAAAAUGAUGGUGCAUAUAUUGCUAAACUUCUUAAAGAAAUUGGUUUUAAAGUGAUAUGUUUGAUGAAUUUAACAAUAAAACAAAUAAGAAAUGCAAUAGAAUUAUUUAGCAAAGCUUUAGUUGAGGGUGUUUAUGGUUUAUUCUAUUUUGCUGGACAUGGUUUCAAGAUGCAAGAAAGUUAUAUACUUGCAACAGAUACUCCAACAGUAUAUUUGAGGAAAGAUGCUAUAUGUGAAAGUGAAUUAUUAGCAUCAUUCCUUCAAAAUGAUCCUGAGUUAUUAAUUAUUAUUUUAGAUAUGUGUCAAACAUUACCUUCAAAGAAUUUUAAUUCUGUAAUUUAUAAUGAAUUACCAGUUGUUAUUGAAUAUAAAAGUAAGAAAAAUCUUCGAAAUUUAAUUCAAGCAUAUUCUACAUCUAGUUAUCGACCUAGUUAUGAAAAAUUAAACAGUCAAUAUGGUUUGUACAUAACUCAUCUUUGUAAAUAUAUUACCAAGGACAUACAAGUUACAAAAUUAUUUGAAGAAGUAGGAAAAGCUAUUGAUAAUUGUUUCGAAGGCAAGGAACGGAAUCAAAUCCCAAUGUUUGCUUCAUCAAUUACAAAACCAUUCCGUCUAACUGAUGCUAUUUAUAAAAGAAAUCUCCCAGCUGCCAUUUGCUAUUUCAAUGAACUUACUUCAUUUCCAACAGUGACAUUUGAUAUCAGUUUUAAACAAGCAAAUAUACAUGGAAAAGUUACCAUAUGGAAUAUGGAACCAUAUUUAAAUAUAAUAAAAAUUAAACUAUCUAAUUUGGAACACUUGAAAAUCAACUUCUAUAAUUUAGUUCCUGCAAAGAAAAAUAAUUUAUAUCAAGAUCAAAAUACAAAUGAAUGUUGGAUUCACAAUCCUCAAAUCAAUGAGGGACCAAUAGUUAUCUCUGUAUUUGAACAUGGAAGACCUAUUGGUGCUACAUUAUUAAAUAUUAGAAAUUAUGUAUCCCCUUUACUAAAACUUAUAAAUUUUUGAAUGUACAUAUACUGAUAUUUUUAUUAUACCAUUUUAUAAGGAAAAAACAAUACCAUUGGUUAUCAUAUGGAAGAUACAAUUGAAUAA